AUGGUUGUGUUGUCCUGUGUGGCUGUCUCAGGCGGCUCCAAGCAGUGGCUGAGCCCCCUACAGGGUAACCCCGUUGAUACAGACAGUCCAGACAGAACUGCUGCCCCCUUCCACCCAUACCAGACCGUGGAGUGCACCGUGAAAGAGACGGAGGGCAAGCUGAACGAGCUGGGCCAGAGGAUCUCAGCCAUAGAGAAGGCCCAGCUGCAGAAUAAGAGGAUGAUCCUCAAGGAGCAGUUCACCAAAGAGUACAUGAAGGCCAAAGGCCUGAAGGAUGACCCGUGCAGCCCUUGCAGACCAGCUUCGUACCUUGGCCACACAGCAGUCCAGACGUUAAUACGGUAGACUACUCCGACAGCUCUAGCCCUGACUUGCUGAGGCUGAUGGUGAGCCAGCAGCAGAUGUUGGGGCAGCAGUUGACAGGCAUGGGACAGGGCCUUCUCAACCAGACCCCCAACGGACUAAUGGUGGCCUUCCCCACACAGGACAACAUCAUGGCAGGUAUGUGUGCAGUUACGAUAGAAGCUGGUUCUCCCUUAAUUAUUUGUUCCUUAAUUCAAAAAAUAGAGACAGUGUUCCGUCCCCCAUCCUUUUCCUUAAUGCUGAACAUGGUUUCAAUACAUUUUCAACAUAAUUCACAACUGGUUUUAAAUUAAAUCUUUAAUUUAAUUUACGCUGAACAAAAAUAUAAACGUAAAGUGUUGGUCCCAUGUUUCACAAGCUGAAACAAAAGAUCCCAGAAAUGUUCCAUUCACACAAAAAGCGUAUUUGGCAAAAGAAAUUAGCUACAUUUUUUCUACAUGUUAGCCCCAUGGUGGCGGUGGGGUUAUGGUAUGGGCAGGCAUAAGCUACGGACACGAACACAAUUACAUUUUAUCGAUAGCAAUUUCAAUGCACAGAGCUACCGUGACAAGAUCCUGAGGACCAUUGUCGUGCCAUUCAUCCGCCGCCAUCACCUCAUGUUUAAGCAUGAUAAUGCACGGCCCCAUGUCGCAAGGAUCUGUACACAAUUCCUGGAAGUUGAAAAUGUCCCAGUUGGCCUGCAUACUCACCAGGCAUUUCACCCAUUGAGCAUGUUUGGGAUGCUCUGGAUCUACGUUUAUUAUGAUGUGUUCCAGUUCCCGCCAAUAUCAGCAACUUCGCACAGCCAUUGAAGAGGAGUGGGACAUCAUUCCACAGGCCACAAUCAACAGCCUGAUCAACUAUAUGUGAAGGAGAUGUGUCACGCUGCAUGAGGAAAAUGGUGGUCACACCAGAUACUGACUGGUUUUCUGAUCCACACCCCUACCUUUUUGUUAAGAUAUCUGUGACCAACAGACACAUAUCUGUAUGCCCAGUCAUGUGAAAUCCAUAGAUUAGGGCCUGAUUUCCUUUGAAAUUGUUGCAUGUUGCGUUUAUAUUUUUGUCCAGUUAAAUAUGAUGUAUUUUUUAUUUGAAGGUUGACUCUUAUUAACAGCUCUCUCGCCCCGUGACAGUAGCGGUGAGCAGAAGAGUGCCUAUGUUGAACACUGCAACCUCGCCCAUACCCACAGCUCAGACGCCCAUCAACACAAUGUCCCCACCCUCCAUGCUCCCCCUCUAGCCCUCUGUGGACAUCGAUGCACAUAUACGUCACACCACGUAGCUAUAUUUUUAUAUUUAGAUGUCCAUCUUUCAGGGAACUUGAUAAUUUGUGUGUAGAAGUGGGAGUCUGUAUCAGUGUAUGAUGGUGUUGGAGAGUAAUCUCUGUCCCCAGGGUUCACUCCUCUAACCCUGGCUGCUACAGCGGGUCAUGUUGAGGUGGAGAUCCUGCUGGGUAAAGGAGGGGACAUCGAAGCCCAGUCUGCGAGAACC